GCUCCAUGGAUGGAAUGGCGCGGACCCACUUUUGUCGGGAUCCCCACAUCAGGCAUCCACAUGAACGACCUUCCCCAAUCGCCCUUUCUCAACUAUACAGAAAGUAAAUAGUCCAAUAUGACCUCUAAGCCCCAUAUAGGCUUUCUGGAUCUCCCAGCUGAAAUACGCAACGAAAUUUAUGCAUUCCUCAUUGAGGAUGUAGAUACCAACGUUGGUCACAAAACCAUCCGUCUCAGACCACGAACCGAGUUUUCAAGCCACUGGCGAAGGAAGAAUCCGCAUCGAGGAGAAGUGUAUGCUUUGAAUCAAGUCUGUCGCGCUACACGACGCGAAUUCGGCCCGCUCUACGUAGCGCAGAUCACGCACCGCCUUCGCGUCGACGAGCAACUCCUCCCACUAUUCCUACAUGAUUUCUUCCUAAGCAAGGAAGUCGAAUGCAACUUUGCAUUGAAACCUCAGAAGAUCGAGAUUGAGCUCCCCUACCCGCUGGGCGGCAAGCUUCUACGCCUCGACAUCCUUCCACUUCUCACCUUCUGCCUCGGCAAUGAAGAUAUCCAAUGCUCGUUUCUCAACAAGUUUGGACCAAUGCCGGAGCUGAACGCUCUGUUCUGGGAUCAUGCUGUGGCGUGGGGCGAAGCUAUUCUCGAUGAUCUUUCAAAGAUUCUGGUGCAUACGCCUUCCGGUACAACGACGGUCGUAGAUCUGUUUUUCCGAGGAGAUUCUCAACACGCUUUCAUUAGUGACAUCAAACGUCCAGGACAGAGGGUGCCUGACAGCAUGCAUGGGUAUUUGAGAGCCUUGGGGAGGGCGACAUGGGAUCCAAGAGUCGGCGUUUGGAACCCGCAUGGCAGGAUAGAGUUUGUUGUGUCCAGAGGGCCAUCGCUGAUAGCGAGUGAGAAGUCGAAAGGCUCCAACAAAGUAUUUCAGACGCAGUACAGGUUGGUAGAAGAUUGACGUUUGAUUAUGACGCAGCUUUAUUCGCUUUGAGUUCUACGGAUACAUCCCCCCUUUCCUCUGCUGCAUUUCUUCCAUCACUGAAGCCAACGAGAUCUUGUUUUACCGACGCUUUUAUGUGCAUAUGACUGGUCUUACGUACAUGUUC